AUGUACAAACAAAAGCUAAAAACCCUGCCCGAUCUCAGUCUCGAGCUAUUGCUCAUGAUUUCAAACAACUUGUCUCGCCUUAGACAACCUCAGAUUGCUGGGUUACUUGGUAGCUGGAUGCCACAACCUACCAAAGAGCCGCACGCGGGGGCUCGAUGA